AGGGGGCGGCGGGGCGCGGGCCGGAACAGCCGGGGGCAGCUGGAAGAUUCGAACCGCCGGGCCGGGGCGCGCGGGGCGCGCGGCGGCGGCCAAUCAGGGCGCGCGGGGCGCGGGGGCCGGCCCGCGGCCCCGCCCCCGGCCCCGCCCCCGGCCCGCGGGACCGUCGGCGGCGCGGCGCGGCGCGGGGCGGCCCGCAGCGCUCCGGGGCCACCCACGGCGGGGCCGCGCCGAGCGGCAGCGUGCGCCCCCCCCGCAAAAAAAAUACCGGCACCCCCCCCCCGCCAUGUCGGUGAACAUGGAGGAGCUGCGGCACCAGGUCAUGAUCAACCAGUUCGUGCUGGCGGCCGGCUGCGCCGCCGACCAGGCCAAGCAGCUCCUGCAGGCGGCCCACUGGCAGUUCGAGACCGCUCUGAGUGCGUUUUUUCAAGAAACUAACAUUCCCAACAGCCACCACCACCACCAGAUGAUGUGCACCCCCAGCAACACCCCGGCCACUCCGCCCAACUUCCCGGACGCGCUCGCCAUGUUCUCCAAGCUGCGGACCUCCGAAACCCUCCAGAGCAGCAACAGCCCCAUCACCUCCAUGGCCUGCUCGCCGCCGGGCAGCUUCAGCCCCUUCUGGGCCUCGUCGCCCCCCAGCCACCAGCCCGCCUGGCUGCCGCCCUCGUCGCCCACGGCCCACGGCCUCCACCACCACCUGCACCACCCGGCGCCCGCCUGGCCCCCGGGGCCGCAGCCCGGCGCCCCCCCGCAGAAAGCCGUGGCCACAAUGGACGGGCAGAGAUAAGACUCGGCCGCCGGCGGGGGGUGGCGGGCAACGGGGCUGGGGGGGCAGAGAAAAGGUUCGGGAGAUCAGGCCAGGGCAUCCGGAGCAGGGGGGUUCCUGAGAAACGCACUGGAAUCAUUUUCUAGGGUUUAUUCUUAUUUUUCUGGGGGUGGGGGGGAGGUCACUGGCCCACGACAGCCUCCUUGCGAGAGUCGCUAACUGGUCUUUUCUCCUUUUUUUUUUUUUUUUAAUAUAUAACUAUAAUAUAUAAAUAUAUCUAAUGUAUAUAAAUCCAGAGAGAAUGAGCAACGGACGGGUUGCCGAUGGGCUGGGAGGCGGCGCUGCUCCGCCGCGCGGGAGGGGGGCACCGCGCAGGCCCCCGGCACCGCUCCAACGCGCCGGGUCCCAGCGAUGCAAGAAAGGGAGGGAGGGGAAGAGGAAAAAAAAAACCAAAUCGGUGGAUUUUCAGCACCUCUGGCUGCAACGGUGCUGCGCCGGCCGCGCAUCGCCUGCGCGACGCGACUCCUUCCCGCGCCCCGACGCGACGGUGGCGGCUCUGGAUUUUCCCGGACGCUCGUUGCUGUGACUCAAACCAAGCGACCCUCCUUCGGCAUCCAAAAUUCAUCCCGGCUCACCGCGCAGACGCCCCGGGAUCCCGCUCACCGGACCCUCCCCGUUGCCGCCGCCCAGCCCUGCCCCAGAGAUGCUGUCGGGAAGCCGAGCUGGGGGCUGUGAUUUAACAAGGUGAUGCCCCCCCGCCGUCCCCGCGGCCACCGCUCACAGGCCCUUCCCAGAGGAGGAGGAGGGAAGGGGGGGAGCUGAGGGGGGCUUUUAGUUUUCAAAUCAAUCUUGCUUAAAAAAAAAAAACAAAACAAAAACACAACAAAAACAGGUUGAAGGUUUUUUAUUAAUUUAAAAAUAAUAAAAAAAAAAAAUCACUUUUUUAA